UCUCUUUCCUACAUUUCUCUCUCUCUAAAAUUUGUUUUUGGCAUAACUUUUGAACCGUAAGUUUGAUUCAGGAUCCACGAAAAGCUGCGGAUUUGUCUUGACGAGCUCUUUUUAUUGGUGGAAAGAAAAUUCAGAUUUGGUGAAACUAUUUUUUGACGACCUAGGAGGCUUGAUUUUAUUUUGCAUUGUCCACGAUUAUCAGAAAUAAGGUAGGGGGAUCUCGGGGAAACUUUUUAUGAUUGGAUGAUGAUUUUAUGUGCUUCGUGUAUAUUUUAUUCUUGUUAAUAUUAUUUUUGAAUGAUUUAUUUGAUAAUAUUUGAAUUACAUGUACUAAAUGUACGUUGAUUGAUGUAAGUGCAUGUUUUCAUGGAGGUUGUUAUUUAUCAAGUGUAAAGAAGUUGGGGGAAAAUUAUGGUUAUUUGGUGAUUGUGGGAAUUAUCUUUGGUGUAGUUGAGUCUGAACAUUGUAGGGAUCAAGCUCAGGCAAGCCCAUGUGCACAAUUAGGUUUAGAAUACCGACGGUAUAAUUGUCGAUAUAUUUGGGUGAUUUGGGCUUGGAGAUCAAUGUUUUGGACAAGAUGACUAGCAAAAGGGGGUUUGGGGACUUUGAUUGAGUCAGGGGGUUAAUUUAUAUGUUUGGAUAAUCAAGUCACAGUUGCAAAACUGUAAAGUACACGGUAUGGGACGUGUAGGCUUGCGUAUUCUGAUAUAUGAAUUAACGGGUAUAUAAAUGGAGUUGGAUUGCAUCAUUGUUUGAUAUGCAUGUUAUAAUUGAAAUAUAUGAUGGUAUUAUCUUUGGUCAAUUAUCCAUGAGGAAGUUUUAUGUCCCUACUGAGCCGCGGGUUGAGCUCACCCCUUAACAGAUUUUGCAGGUAUGGAAUCAAGAUACUAGAGCAAGAAGUUCCGAUAUGUAUAUAAUGUCAAAUGAGUUGUGAAAUUUGUGUUUUCUUUAUGUUUGUUUGGAAUCAAGAAUGAGUACUAGUGUACUAUGUGAUAAAGACUAUGUAAUAUAUGCUUCUGCUGGAAUUUUGAGAUCUUGUUAUCUAGUUGUUAGUCCACGAUUUAUUUAUUUAUUUAUUGUCACAUUUUGAUUAUAGAGAUUUUAGUUCUAUAAUUAAGAUGUGAUUCACACCUUAACUCGAGAUUAUAAGAAUAGCUCGAGUCAGGGCGUGACAAGGACUGCAUCUAUUCUCAAGGUAAGCAUGGUCAAAAUGUUUCAUUCUCUGAAAAAGUGCAUAAUAAAUUGGACUAUGAUUGGAGAUGUGCUGUGAUUGUUAAGCUUAUGGGAAGGCCAAACUCUACCAAUUCUUUUGAGUUUAUGUUGAGAGGUCUGAAAAGGAAGUGGUAGGUCAAAGGGGGUUGGCAUCUCAUUGACCUCCCCAAUGAUUUUUCAUUGUCAAAUUCAACUUGGAAGAAGAUAUGAACACUGCUCUCUGUGGUGGACCUUGGAUUUUGGCCGGGCAGACCCUAAUUGUUAGAAAAUGGAGGCCUGAUUUUGACCUCAUGACUGAAUUCAUUGGUAAAAUGGCUCUGUGGGUUCGAAUAUUUGGGUUGCCUGUCAAAUACUUUAAGGAUUAUACUGUGGCCAAAAUUGGUAAAAUUCUCGGUGAUGUUGUUAAGGUUGAUCAGCUUACUCUUGGCCAGUCAAGAGGGAAAUUUGCUCGUGUUUGCAUUGAAGUGGACCUAAACAAACCUCUAUGUCCAUUUGUUGAAGUUGAAUCUGUUGCUUAUAAUGUGGUUUAUGAGGGAAUCUCACUAAUCUGUUUUGAAUGUGGUUGUUUUGGUCACUCUAAGGAUAAAUGUCCCACUCUUCAUUCUAGUCUUAGUGAUUCAGCUCAACCCCAAGCUCCUACUGCUACUGUGAUUGGUGACGUCAAUGACUCCACCGAAAACAAUAUGAUUGAUGCCCAACAAGUGGUGGAUGCUUCCCACAAGUUACCUUUGACUCCCCAAUCUCAGAAUGCUAUAAUCAAAGAGGCUAUGGGACCCUGGAUGUUAAUGAGUUACAAAAACAAAAAGAGAGUUGGAGAAAAUGGAGGAUCUAACAAGAAUGCUACAAAUGGCUCUAGGUUUGCUAUUCUGCAAGAGGAGGGUGGUAUUGACUCCGUGGAGCUUGAGCCGACCAUGAAUGACACUCCUACUGACAAUAACCCCCCUAUUGUGAAAUUAUGGCAGAGUUUCCAAGAGAAGAAGAAGAAUUCUACAUUGGCUGCUAAGACCAAGAGUACUACUACCUCUACUACCACUUUGAAGAACACCAAUUCUCCGUGUAAACAAUCUUCUUUUGGGCAUGGUAAUCAUAAAUCUGUGUUGAAAGAGAAUUCUUCUUCUGCAUUGCAUGCUAAAAGUUCUUCUCGACUUCCUAUGAAAGAUGUCUCUAAUAUUGGGAGUAGUAGUGGUUCCAAAGCUGCUAUGCAGUACCAGAGGAAGGCAAAGGGGUUGAUUUCAUCCGUUACCAAACAGCAACCCCAUGUUUUCAAAAAGCUCUCUUUUGAAAAUGUGGAUGCUAAUGUCCUUGGUAAUGGAAUCUCAACGAUCUUUGGGCAUUGUUCCCCAGAGGAGACUUUGGUGGAUUCCGGAAAAUAUUUGUCUAAGUCAGAGGCAUCUGAGAACUUUGUUGAACAAACAUUUGCUGAUAUUAGCAUGUUGACUAAUGAUGAUAGUCUGCCUUCUCAAGUUGGGGAAGGUAUGACUGAUGCUUAAUUGGGUGUCUGCCCUUUAUUUCUUUGCCUUCUCAAUGUUUAAACUACUAUGUUGGAAUGUGAGAGGUGUUGGAGGUAAGAAAUUUCAAUCAGCAAUUUAUGAUCUUAUUAAUUUACAUAAGAUGGAUAUUCUUGUUAUAUGUGAACCUCGUGUGCCCUAUGCUCGUGUUAAAAGGUUUCUUAGAAGACAUGGUUUCCCUGAUGCCGAGGUUGAGGAAGCAAGGGGUUUCUCUAGUGGCAUUUGGGUCUUAUAUGAUAAAAUAAAGUUUCUGUU